UGGGGUGGGGGCGGGGGUGCGACGUUGCUAGGAGACGUGCUUGUGUGACCCCUACCUCGCGAGGGCGGCUCGGUGUCGUCGCCCCUGGCCUCGAGAACUUGCCUUGGGAAGUGGCCCGAAGGCCAGGAAGGGAAGGCCUGGUUUGGGGACUCUGAGAUGCCGAUUUGGGGCCCAUCUCAAACUUUGCUGAAUCGCUUGGAUCCCCGAAUACAAAUAGGAGAUUAACAGGGGCUAUUCUGGGGCGAGAGGCGUCAAGCUGGGGAAGGUUGACCCAAACGAGGGCCCGUACAAGCUACGGAGACUUUCUAGGAUACUGAGAACCAGCUUCUUAUUGCCUCUAUUUACAAAUGAGAGCCAGAACGGAGGCCUUGCUCGGUGACUUCGAGUCCGGAAGAAAGUUAAAAUGUACAGUUAAAGUUAAAAUGUAAAUCAGGAAGGAAGAUAUCCGCAAGUAAGACAAUAGUACCGGAUGAAGUGAUAGAAGAUGGGGGGAGGGCCACUCUAAAAUGGGGUAGAGCACUUCAGAGAAGGCCGGGUUUCACAGAGAUUCGAGAAAAGAAAGAAGCUAGGGAAUGGACUGUCUAGGUGGAGAAAAGAGCCAACCGACAGGGUUCUGAGGAAGGAAACGGCGAGAAAGCCAGGUUGCUGGAGCAGAAAAAACAAGGGCCAAAGUGGUCUGUGAUGGAGAAAUGGCAGGGCCUGAACAAGCACAGCAUUUUAGCCCAAGGGUCUUCACUUGGGAAACCUGGCCCACAUACCACUGUGUGUGUUUCAGAAUGAGAAUGGACAUUACUGGUGACUAUUCUUCGUGUGUAAAUGUAUUAUUCUUCUAACAAAUAUAUUUCAAGCUCCAACUUUGUGCCCAGUCUUAAGAGUGUGAUGAAUGAGGCAUAGUCCCAACCUUCUUUCUCCCUCCCCAAAACACACACAGUGGAAGAAGAAAGCAACACGACAAGAAGUUCUUGGCCUCUACCGCAGAAUUUUCAGGCUUGUGAGGAAAUGGCAGGCGGCAUCAGGGCAGAUGGAAGACACCAUUAAAGAAAAACAGUACAUAUUAAAUGAAGCCAGAACGCUGUUCCAGAAAAACAAAAAUCUCACAGACACAGACCUGAUUAAACAGUGUAUAGAUGAAUGCACAGCAAGGAUUGAAAUUGGACUGCAUUACCAGAUUCCUUAUCCACGGCCAAUUCAUCUGCCUCCAAUGGGCCUUACCCCACUACGAGGCCGGGGACUUCGAAGCCAGGAAAAACUGAGGAAACUUUCCAAACCAGUAUAUCUCAAGUCUCAUGAUGAGAUUUCCUAACCCAGAAGAAAAUUUAUUUCUCAGAAUGAUGAGCCGACUAGAUCUUGAAUGUAAACCAGAUGAUGAAACCCUUCUCUUCGAUUAGGGGUAAAAAUUUAAAUAUCUUCUUAAAAACCUCUAAAAUAUUGGUAUUCACCCCAAGAUCUGUGCUCACUCCUCCUGACACUUCAUCAGGGUCUUGUUGCCUAAAGUGGAUGACACUAACCCUAGAGGUCAUGGACCUUAUAUACCCUCACUGAAGCAUCUUUGGAAACAAGGCCAAGGCCUGUAGAAGGAAGAUAAGGAUGACAAAGAUUUUCAUGGAAAUGUCAUUUGCCAGUCAUGUCAGCUGAUAGGAAGAAAUCAGCCAGCUGCUGAAAGUCUUCAUAGCUACCAUAAAACUACACUGCCUUCAGAAUAUUUUUUGGCUUCUUUCUCCCGAAUUUUUGCUUAAAAAACAAAGGUUUGCUUAAAAGUGGGCUUCUUUGUAUAUGUUUUGCUGUCUUUUGACCAUCCCAGUUUCCAGAUAAACUACCCUUAAAAAGUACAUCAUUGGAUUUAUCGUGGUUUUUCAUGGAAAUUUUACAUGACACCCUGCCCCUGACAUAUACAUACGUAAAAGUACUUGUCUUAGGUAAAUGCGUAUGUUUACUUUAUCUUAAAGCCUGUGAUUACUUAGGAUACACUUAGGAUUUGAAAGGCUUACUUGAAACUCAUACUGCAUUCAUUAUGAAUAUUUUAUCUUAACAUAAUUAGGAAGUACAAGGGCCAAGCUGGUUUUCAAAUUAUGUCUAAACAGCAAUGGCACAAAGAGAAAACACAAAGGAUUUAUACUCCUGCGUGUGUGGAAUCCCAUGGCAAGUCACACACACCUUGUUAACAUUCCUUCUGACUUCCAAAGACGAUGAGCAUCACCAAUAAAAACAAAUUUUUAUCGA